AUGCACGAUAUUGACGGAUUAAGAGACGAGCCAAUCACGUGGACUACAGGUGGAAGAGUGAAGCGUUUGGCAACCGCACAAGAUGAGCCUUACUUGUUUUGGUCUGCUUCUGAGGACAGCUACGUCAGGGAAUAUGACGCGAGAACCAACGCAGAGAAGAAAUUGAUCAGUGCUGAAGAAAAACAUGUGAAGUCGUUUGCAGUCUGUCAAGGACGUACUGAACUUGUGGCUGUUGCUACGGAUGAAGCCGCUGUUCCUAUCUACGAUAGAAGAAAGCCGGAUAAGCCGCUGCUGACGUGUGUAAACGGUUUGUCAGACCUGACGACAAAUGCCACAGCAAUUUUACAUACACAACCCAUGUUGCGUUUGACGAAAUGGGAACAGAGCUCCUUGCAAGUAAAUCAGGGUUGCGGUCCAAUUUAUCUAUUCAAACUAAAAUGUGAUGAUCGACCUACCGUUUUACAAAAAAUCAAGUCAAUAAUCGAAAGCGACGAGGAAGUACUCACCAAUGGGAAGCACACUCCAAGUUUCACUCAUGCUAGAGAACAAGCUAAAGGAUAUUUUGACUCCAAGAAGUUUCCUGAGGCUAUCGAGAUCUACAGCCGGGCUCUUAGUCUCUCACCCGGCAAUUAUGAUCGAAGUAUACUUUUGGCGAAUCGUGGUAUGGGUUAUCCUUUGUCGUAG